AAAAACAAGGCACAACAACACAUUCCGCAACAACAACAGCAGCAGAUAGUUCAUAAUAAAAAGCAACGUGAGCAGAAACAACAACAAAAACAACAGCGACUUUGCUCACCACCUACUACAAGUCACAACAAGCAGCUAUCAACUAAUCAUACGAAUAGGUCUCCCUUGCGUCGCCAGAAGGCCUGGCUACAGCCUCUACAACCCAUUCUUGAUACUCUCAAUAUAUUGUCUCGUUCAAUUACAGCUAGCAAUGCAGAGUAUAAAUAAGCAGCAUUUCAACGUUAGAAACAAUGCAGCGUCCAAGCAGCCAAAUCAAAAGCAGCAACAACAACAAAUGCGCAAACCUAUCAAGCAGUCAUCACAACAAUUAACUAAGGCUCAACAAAAUCAACAACCGCAUCAACUACACCUGAAGCAAGCUGUCAACCUGCAUAUGCAGCAACUGAAACAACAACAAAAUCAGCAGCAACAUAGUUCUGUGGAUCAGCAGCAAAUCAGCCAACAUAGCAUCCUAAUAAAUGGACGCCCUCGUCUACAGCAUUUGCAGCAGCACCAACAGCCGCUUCAACAACAACAACAACAACAACCGCAAUUGAAACCAAAACAGCAAAUCUCGCAACGAGGGACUGCCACUGCUAAUUCUUUGCAUAUGCCCAGCGGAUACCCAACAGCUAGCGAACUGCAAUACAUAAUUUCAAUGGUCAAUAGUCUGGCCAAACAAUUACAACCCAUCAUCUCUUUCUUGUCUAUGUAUGCAAAUUGCAUCAAUAACGUUAAUGAUAAUAAAUAUGUCUAGUUCAUCUACCAAUGUAAA